AUGAGGAGGGUCCGCUGUGGUGACAGUCGAAGCCCCUGCCGACACGAGCAGAUGCCAGAAUGCCUUGUGAUCUUCCUGCUAGGCCAGCAUCAAGAGGCCCAGAGCACUCAAGUGUUGCUGCAGGUCAGUUCUUCAUGCAGUGCUGCUUCCAACAGGACUCUCCGAGAAGAGCCAGACACAUCACUUCAGGAGCAGCUGAUGGAAAGGGAUCAGUACAUCACUAGGCUACAAGAUGCACUUCAAAAUGAGAGAGAGAAGAGCUCCAAGUUGCAGUCUCGUUUUAACCAGCAGGCCGUUGAACUAAAACGCAGAGAGCAGCUCGUCAACAGGAUGAGGGAGAAGCUCUCCCAGUUUACAGACAGAUACCGAGACCGGGGAGUGUCUAUAGAGGUCAUAAACACACUUCCUAAGCCAUCAGGACAGAGAGAGUCUGCGCUCAGGACUGCACAGCCUGAUGAGAGGAAAGAGGAGGCUCUGAGAUUGAUGCUGGAGAGGAGGGAGGCUGAGCUCAGGGAGGCCAUGAAGCUGCGUCACAGCCUCACGACGCUACUGCACGCGCUGAGAACUGAUAUGCAGCAGACUUUAAAGGAGAUCAUGGACUCUAAGGAGGAGCAGAAGAUGGACACAGGUAGGCUGGUCCAAUCAGAGCAGUUCCUUGGUGAUCAUGUGACGGGGGGUGUGUUUCUGGAGUGGACGCAUGUGCAGCAGAGGCUGAGGGAGCUGCAGUCGCAAACUGCGGUGAGAACGGACCAGGAGAAGCUCCUGGCUCAGCUUGUAGAAGAGCUUGAGCAGAGUAGAGAGCUGGUCCGAGUACAGCAGGAGCUCCUGCAGUCCAGCGCAGCUGAUCCUCUCCCAGACCCACUGAUCGACUCCUACUAUCUGGAGGAGUGGGAGCGGCUUCAGGACAAGUGGGCAGAGUUUAAAAGACAGAAGCGGAGCUUCCAGCAUGAGAGGCAGGCCUUCACCGACGCCGCAAUCCGAUUGGGCCGUGAGAAAUGUGAGUUUGAGCAGCAGAAGGCCUCUCUGAUAAAACGGCAGUUUCUCAGCACAUCUCCAGUUAUGAAGACUUCACACUCCAACAGGAGAGAGAGCACAGCACUGAGUGACCUGCGAAUGAUGGCUCCAGAUCAGUUGUCUCUCUCCCCCUGUCUCACUCCAUCCUCUGAGGGGUCAGAGGUCAUGCCCUGGUCAGGGCAAAAUACAAGAAUGACCCCUGAGCUCUACUGUGCCCUUCAGUUGCCAUUUUACUGCAGGGAAAGCGCCAGUCUUCCAUCUGAGACUUGGAUGAAGGAGACACGGAGAGGUGAUUUCAGCCGUGAUGGACAAAACGUGCUCAACUGGCCAUUUUAAAGAGUGUGUGUGAGCGAGAGAGGCUACACUUUAAAGUCCUUUAACCCCCCCCCCCCCCCCCCCCCAAAGAAGCUACUGUUUUAUAUCUUUUAUAAUCUUGUAUUUUUCUGUACACUGUAUCUCUCAUAUCCCUGUCCUGUAUUACUACUU